AUGGGCGGGGCUGACAUUGAGGGCCAGACUCCUGAGCCUCCCUGGAAAGAGGGAGCUGGUGGACCCCAUCUUUGGUCUGAGGGAGAAGCGGCUGGGGUUAGACACCUGAAGGAGGAGGGCACUAGGGACCUGGACUUCUGGGUCUCUGUCCAAGGGGUUGCCGGAGUCUUUGAUUUCUGGGGCCUGGGCUGGGAGGGGACAGCAUUACUGAGUCCUGGGGUAAGAGGAUGCUGGGGUUCAGGACUUCCUGGUCCCAAGGGAGGGAAGGCUGUAGGUAAGAGUGACAUUGGUGGACUCAAAUUUUUUCUCCCUCUUCGCCACAUCACCUUCUUUUUCAGAGGACUUCUCUGGACCAAAGCCUUUUGCCAGACCGCUUCUUGCCCCCAGCCCACCAUGGCUCCUUCAGGUGUCAUCCUGCUCCUGCUUUUGCUCCCAGUGGCUGCAGCUGGGGUGACCCCAGGUUCCUGUUCUGGAUGUGGGCCCCUCUCUCUGCCAAUCCUGGCAGGGCUCAUGGCUGCCGACGCGGUGGUGUCGCUGCUCAUCAUUGCCGUGGUGUUUGUGUGUGCCUGCCCACGCCACAGGCCCCCCCUAGAAAAUGACAAAGUCUACAUCAACAUGCUGGGCAGGGGCUGACCCCCUUGUGAGACCUUUGACUUCUGACCCUCUCAUCCCACAUUGUGUGUGGCCACACAGGAAACGCACUCCCCACUUUGGGGUGGAAUAAAGCAAUUAA